UCACGCCCGGGGGCGGGGCUUCCCCGCCGCUUCCGGUGCCGCGGGAGGAGGCGGCCGCGCGGCUCCAUGGUGACGGCGCAGGCACAAUACUUCCCUUUUUGGGGUCACUCUGGAACUCCAUUUCUCUGCCUGUCCCUCACUGCCCUGCAGUAGCUGUAACACUGGGGGAUGAUCUGCUGGAAGUUGCUGUGAACAGAGGGAAGGUCCCAGGGCAGGUGCAGGUUUCUGGCUGGGGAUCACUGGUCAGGUGCCACCAGCCCCGGAGCUGCUGCCAUGUCCAAGUCCAAGAGCUCGGAGUCGGUGCGGGUCGUGGUGCGGUGCCGGCCCAUGAACAGCAAAGAGAAAACCGCAGCCUAUGAGAAGGUUGUGAGCGUGGAUGUCAAACUGGGACAGGUCUCUGUGAGGAACCCCCGGGGCACCUCGCACGAGCUGCCCAAAACCUUCACCUUCGAUGCUGUCUACGACUGGAAUUCCAAGCAGGUGGAGCUCUACGAUGAGACCUUCAGGCCCCUGGUGGAUUCUGUCCUGCAGGGCUUCAACGGGACCAUCUUUGCCUACGGGCAGACGGGGACGGGGAAGACGUUCACCAUGGAAGGGGUGCGUGGUGACCCCGAGAAGAGAGGGGUCAUCCCCAACUCCUUCGACCACAUCUUCACCCACAUCUCUAGGUCCCAAAACCAGCAGUACCUCGUUAGAGCCUCCUACCUGGAAAUCUACCAGGAGGAAAUCAGAGACUUGUUGUCCAAGGACCAGUCCAAGAGGCUGGAGCUGAAGGAGAGGCCGGACACGGGGGUGUACGUGAAGGAUCUCUCCUCCUUUGUCACCAAAAGCGUCAAAGAGAUCGAGCACGUGAUGAACGUGGGGAACCAGAACCGCUCCGUGGGUGCCACCAACAUGAACGAGCACAGCUCCCGCUCCCACGCCAUCUUUGUGAUCACUAUUGAGUGCAGUGAGCUGGGGCUGGACGGGGAGAACCACAUCCGGGUGGGAAAACUCAACCUGGUGGACCUGGCGGGCAGCGAGCGCCAGGCCAAGACCGGGGCCCAGGGGGAGAGGCUGAAGGAGGCCACCAAGAUCAACCUCUCCCUCUCAGCUCUGGGCAACGUCAUCUCUGCCCUGGUGGAUGGGAAGAGCACACACAUCCCAUACAGGGACUCCAAGCUCACUCGGUUACUUCAGGACUCGUUAGGUGGCAACGCCAAAACCGUGAUGGUGGCCAACAUUGGCCCUGCCUCCUACAACGUGGAGGAGACGCUGACGACGCUGAGGUACGCCAACAGGGCCAAGAACAUCAAGAACAAACCACGGGUGAACGAGGACCCCAAGGAUGCUCUGCUGAGGGAGUUCCAGGAGGAGAUUGCUCGACUGAAGGCACAGCUGGAGAAGCGGUCUAUUGGGAAGAGAAAGAGGAGGGAAAGGAGGAGAGAUGGUGGGGAAGAGGAGGAGGACACUGAGGAGGGUGAGGAUGAAGGAGAUGACAAAGAUGACUACUGGAGGGAGCAGCAGGAAAAGCUGGAGAUUGAAAAGAAAGCAAUAGUUGAGGAUCACAGCUUGGUAGCAGAGGAAAAGAUGAGACUGCUGAAGGAGAAGGAGAAGAAAAUGGAGGACCUGAGGCGAGAGAAGGAAGCGACAGAAAUGCUGAGUGCCAAAAUCAAGGCAAUGGAAAGCAAACUGCUGGUGGGAGGGAAGAACAUCGUGGAUCACACCAAUGAACAGCAGAAAAUCCUGGAACAGAAACGUCAGGAAAUUGCAGAACAGAAACGUCGGGAGCGAGAGAUCCAGCAGCAGAUGGAAAGCAGGGAUGAGGAGACCCUGGAGCUGAAGGAGACCUAUAGUUCCCUUCAGCAAGAGGUGGACAUAAAGACCAAGAAACUCAAAAAGUUAUUUUCCAAGCUGCAAGCUGUGAAGGCAGAGAUCCAUGAUCUCCAAGAAGAACACAUCAAGGAACGCCAGGAACUGGAACAGACCCAGAAUGAACUUACCAGGGAGCUGAAGCUGAAGCACCUGAUUAUUGAGAAUUUUAUUCCCUUGGAAGAAAAGAAUAAGAUCAUGAACAGAUCAUUCUUUGAUGAAGAGGAGGACCAAUGGAAACUGCACCCCAUAACCCGUCUGGACACCCAGCAGAUGAUGAAGAGGCCAGUGUCUGCUGUGGGCUACAAGAGGCCCCUGAGCCAGCAUGCCAGGACCUCCAUGCUGAACCGGCCCGAGGCUCGGUACCGGGCAGAGAACAUCGUGCUGCUGGAGCUGGACAUGCCCAGCAGGACAACGAGGGACUACGAGGGCCCUGCCAUUGCUCCCAAGGUGCAGGCAGCUCUGGAGGCAGCUCUGCAGGAUGAGGAUGAGAUACAGGUGGAUGCUUCAACCUUUGAGAGCACUUCAAAUAAAAAAGCCAAACCCAGGCCUAAAACUGGAAGGAAAUCAGGGGGAUCCUCUUCAGCAGGCACCCAUAGUUCUCAGCUCUACCCACAGUCCCGAGGGCUGGUUCCAAAAUAAACCCAGCAGCUCCUCCCCAGGGCACCACCAGCCUUUGCCUUCUGAGAGCAGACACACGUGGGACCCUCAGAGAGCCCCUGUCCCUGGACGUGGCCUCUCUGCUCCUUAACUGACUUGUGCCAGUCCAGGUGCACUGAGCCACAGGAAGAUCCCUGCCUGCAACUCAGUGUUUGGCUUCUGUGGGAAACAGAUUUUAGUUAGGAAAUCAGAAAUGCAUGAGGUACGUUCAAGUGUAUUAGAAGCAAUGGGAAGCAUGGGGAUCACCUCACAGCAUCACUCCUCCUGCACUGGGCUCUUUGGCUGUUGGGCAGCAAGAAGAUGGAGCUGAAAGUCAUCUCAACUGAAACACCACUCCAGAGCUCUGCAGUGACAAGUGACAAAAGCAGUGGAUGUGUUCAGACUUGACUAGGUGCAUAGGUUUUCCUCUGGCAUUUCCUUCCUGGCAUCAGCACUGGGGGCCAAGGAGCUGCUCUGGCAGGCAGGAUGGCUCUGGGCAGCAAGUGCUCACCAACAGGCAGCUGUGCCUCCCCUAGAGCUGCAGGGUGGAAAAAAUGGGGUCCUGAGAGCAACUUUGUGCUCUCCAGAAAGGAAUCAACAGCAACUGGAGUCCUCUCCUUGUUUACAGGUUUAGGUAAGAGCUCCUCAGCCCUGCCAGCAGGAACCACUGUGUCACAGAACACCUCUGCCUGGCCUGCCAGCUCCACUGCCUCCUUCCUCUCUCUCACCUCUCUCUCUACCCCUGGCAUUUCAAACCAGCACCCAGGCACAGGCUGUCAACCCUGGGCUGAGCUCUGGCCAUGCCCUCAGGUCUCCCAUGGGGAAUGUGGCACAGGCUGGGAGCUCUCCUGCCCUCCCUGGGGGCUGGCAGCCCCCCAGCACCCCCUCCUCCUGAGCACACUGGGGGGGUUCAGUGUCCCCACCUCUUGUGCCUCACUUGUCCCACUUCAGCUUUCCCUUUGCACCUCCCAGCCUGUGCAGAUGCCCCUGGGAGUCACAGCACACGGAACCCAGCCUGGGAAAUGGGAUCUGGUGUUAAUUCCGGGGGUUUUCCUUUGACAACAAGAGAGGAAGAACUGUUUUCCUGAGAGUCUCUUUGCAAAGCUGCCCUGUGACUCCAGCAGGCUCCUGUGGCAGGUGAGGGGGCUGGAGCUGCCAUGCCAAGGACAGUCUGGUGUCCCUGUCCCCUGUGGCACAGCUCGGCUGUGUCAGGUCACUGUGUGGGGCCUGGGGCUGUUCCUGUCUCCUGUUGCUGUUGGUUGUUGUCCCAUCAAGGGUGUCACCCGUUCCCCUCACCCCCUCCAGACUGACACUGGGACUGGGGGAGGACACUGAUGUGUGAACACUGCCUGUGCUCUCACCUUGUGUUGGCUGAGUGACGUCACCAGGGCUGCAGUGACAUCACCAGGACUGCAGUGACGUCACCCAGGCUGAAGUGACAUCACCCAGGCUGCAGUGACGUCACCAGGGCUGCAGUGACAUCACCCAGGCUGCAGUGACGUCACCAGGGCUGCAGUGACGUCACCAGGGCUGCAGUGACAUCACCAGGACUGCAGUGACGUCACCAGGACUGCAGUGACGUCACCCGGACUGCAGUGACGUCACCAGGGCUGCAGUGAUGUCAUCAGCACAGCUCACCUCUGCAUCCUGCUGGCAUGGUGCCUGGGGUUCUGGCUGGGCUGCGGGGUCCAUGGAGCACAAGGUGAAGCUCUGUGCAGACACAGCUCUGGUUUGGGGUAAGAACAAGGAGUUUGAGGACAAGGGAGGGAGCAGGUGCCAAGCUCUGCACCUGCCCAGGUGUGAUCCUGUUCCUGAAGCACUGCUGGGAGCCUUGGAGCUGGCUCUUGCUGCAUAAUACCACGUCACCUCCUCUUCCCUCCCAUCCCUCUGUCUCUAGCACAUCAUCCUCUCCACUCGGACAUUCUGAAAGGUGACUGCAUGGUGUAAGGACCCGGAGAGUUGUGGGGCUGCAAAACCUGACAUGGGAACAAAAUCCAUAGCUAAGCACCUCUGUGUACACCCAGGACACACUGUGGCUGCUCCUGCACACACCUCCCCAGCUGCUGCUGCUCCAUAGGGAAUUUUAUUCAGUUAAUCUGCUGGGAACUCCCCCGUGGCAGGACUGGUGCAGUGGAGAUGGCCCUGCAACCCCCAACUGUUCUGUUUUAGUGUUGAUAAGCUAGCUGGUGAAUCUGUCAGAAAGGCUCUGCUUUUAAUUCUGUAGAAGUUCAUUAGCAAGGUGAAAGAAAUUCACUAGGGUUGGAAAAA